AUGACACGUUUUUGUUUCCAAACGUAUUUUCAUCAUAACAUUUUCAAUUUCAAUUUACAACUUAAUUUCGAAUAUGCUCGAGUUUUAUCACCAUGGUUAUCAACAGCACUUUUUUAUCAUACAACAGCAGCGAUAGCGGCUACAAAUUGGUCUCAUGCUGACUUCACUCCAACUUAUUUUACUGAUUGCAUGAAAGAUGGAUCAACGUUGAGUGCUACUACACUAACGCCUCGUUCAUCAGCACAUGUUUUUCAUUCCGAAUUACAGGAUACAUUGUGUACUAAUUUGCAUGGAACAACUCCGCCACAUCCUGGCACAUCAACAGUUUCAAUUCCCAGUCCGUUCUUCUGUUCACCGUAUUCACGAAUGUUAAUGAGUCGUCGAUAUAGUGAACCUACACCAUUAAUGCCUCAUUAUUCUGGCACUGGAAGGCGCAAAAGUCGCGAAGGACAAGUGAAUUAUUUGUGGGAAUUUUUGUUGCGUUUGUUGCAAAACAAGGAAUAUUCGCCUAAAUACAUCAAAUGGUUGGAUCACAGUAAAGGAAUUUUUAAACUGGUCGAUUCGAAGGCUGUUUCACGCCUUUGGGGUUUGCAUAAGAAUAAACCAGGAAUGAAUUAUGAAACAAUGGGACGAGCCCUCAGAUAUUACUAUCAACGCGGAAUAUUGCAAAAGGUAGAUGGUCAGCGACUUGUUUAUCAAUUUAUGGAUGUACCUAAAGAAGUAUUUGAGGAAUUGUAUGAUGAUCAGCAGCGUAUCACCGUGAGUGGCAGCGGCAAUUGUAGCAGUAGUAGAAAACAGCUAAAGAAGGAAAGCGCCUGUUUAAAUUUUAAUGAGGAGAAAAUUGUCGCCAAUACGUCGCAGGAAUGA